ACUGUUUGAAAAGUCAUUUGCAAACUAAUUUUUGCUAAUAGUAGUCAUUAAAACAAAUUGUAAAUUAUUAAAAUUUAAAAACGCAAAUUAAUAUUUAAUUUUAACCUAGCUCAAAUUAGCUGUUUCAACAACAAAACAUUUGUUAUUUCGAUUGAUAAUAAUGAUGAAUAAACUAGUAUUGAUUGCUACUUUUAUUUUCAUUGUUAAUGUUGUCUAUAUUGAAUCAUUUAUCCCAGGGGCAAUUCGUCAUAACUGUGAUCCAGUGAAACAGGAGUACCAACAAUGUGGUACUAUGUGUCCGGAUACCUGUCAAGAUGUUGUAAGCUCUGGAAUCAAGGCAUGUGUACUGUCCUGUAGGUCCGGGUGUUUUUGUAAGGAACCGUAUGUGCUCGACAAAAAGGAUGGCCAAUGUGUAAACAAGUCAACAUGUUUGGUUGAAUCACAACCAACUUUAGAUAUAAAUAUUUUAGGGCCAAUUCGUCAGGACUGUGAUCCAAUGAAACAGGAGUUCCUUGAAUGUGGUACAAGAUGUCCGGAUACAUGUGAAGAUAUUUUAAGUCCUGGAUUCAAGGCAUGUCCAUUGAUCUGUGAAUCCGGAUGUUUCUGUAAGGAACCGUAUGUGCUCGACAAAAAGGGUGGCCAAUGUGUAAACAGGUCAACAUGUUUAGUUGAAUCACAACAAACUUUAGAUAUAAUCUCAAUUAGUACACAAUGUGAUCCGGUCAAACAGGUGUACCGACAAUGUGCAUCUACCUGUCCUAUGACUUGUGAACGAUUACGUAAAAAUAUCCCGGCUAUAUGUCCAUUGAAUUGUAUGUCCGGUUGUGACUGUAAGGAACCGUAUGUGCUUGAGUAUGAAGGAGGCCAAUGUGUAAACAGAUCGACAUGUUUUGUUGAAUCACAACAAAAAUAAUGAUUCAAAAAAAUUAUAUAAUAUUAUAUAUAAUAUUAUAAUUGAUAAAAUCAUAU